UGGAAAGUAGAAUUACGAGAAUAACUCUAGCUGAACUGGAUGAUAAUAUAUAGCGUGGACACAAAUUGGAAAGUUUUGCUGGUUUCAUUUUAUAUCGUAUUAAACAUUUGGCGGGGAAACUACUAUAAAAAUGUUGUCGGAUCGAAGCUAUAGCUUUAACACCGGUCAGAAAAAUACUUUUUCUACGGUGGACUAUGUUAUUUUCGGAGCAACUCUAGCUGUUUCAACGUUCAUUGGAUUUUUCUACGCAAUCAAAGACCGGAAAAUUAGCGACACCAAACUGUUUCUGCUCGCCGGCGGGAAUAUGAACUUUGUGCCUGUGUCCAUGUCGCUGUUGGCAAGCUUCAUGUCGGCAAUCACGCUGCUAGGGACACCGGCCGAGAUGUACAACUUCGGAACCAUGUACUGGUGGAUCGGGCUCUCGUAUGCCGGCUCAGUCGCCCUGGCGGCGCAUGUGUAUGUGCCUAUCUUCUACAGACUCAGGGUCACCACGUGUUACGAGUACUUGGAGAUGAGAUUCAGCCGAGGGGUGAGGCUGAUGGGGACCUGCAUCUUCUCUAUGCAAAUGAUCAUUUACAUGUCCAUCGUCUUGUACGGUCCAUCUCUGGCGUUGAAUGCAGUGACGGGACUGUCCCUGUGGGGCGCGAUUAUAUCUGUGGGCAGCCUCUGUACCAUCUACACCGCUAUUGGCGGUAUGAAGGCGGUGCUGUGGACGGACACAUUCCAGACGGUGAUGAUGAUAGUGGGGUUGUUGGCCACACUUAUACAGGGAUGCUACGAGAUGGGCGGCUUCACAAACGCCUGGAAUAUAGCGGAGCAAAACCACAGGGUCUACUUUGAUGAUUUCCGUGCUGAUCCGACUGUGCGGCACAGUUUCUGGGCGUUGACGAUCGGGAGCGCCUUCCUGUGGGGGAGCGUGUACGGCACAAACCAGGCCCAGGUCCAGCGGACGCUCUCGUGUGGAUCUCUUAGGAGUGCACAGCUGGCCCUGUGGGUCAACUUCCCCGGCCUGUGUGUGAUCCUGCUGUUGUCCUGUAUGGUCGGUAUCGUCAUGUACGCCUUCUACAGCACGUGUGAUCCCAUCUCAUUCAAGCUAAUCAUGGCGUCAGAUCAGAUGUACCCCCUAUUUGUGAUGGACUUACUGAGCCAUGUGCCCGGUGUCCCUGGUCUCUUUGUGGCCUGUAUAUUCAGCGGCACGCUCAGCACAAUUUCGUCCGGCCUGAACUCUCUGUCGGCUGUCACCUUGACAGACAUUAUCCGUCCCGUGUUUCCCGAUAUGUCCGAGAAGCGGGCAACCAACAUCUCCAAAAUCAUAGCUCUUCUGUAUGGUGUGCUGUGCUUGGCUCUCACAUAUGUAGCUUCCAAACUGGGAAACAUAUUACAGGCGGCUCUGUCCCUGUUCGGAAUGCUGGGAGCGCCAAUGCUAGGGUUGUUCACCCUGGGGAUGAUCUACCCAUGGGCCAACUACAAGGGAGCGUAUGCGGGUACUCUUACCAGCCUCGUGGUGAUGUUGUGGAUCGGCGGAGGCGCCUACAUCACGAAGCCUUCCUCGUGGCGCCCACCUAUAUCCACGGAGGGAUGCAACUGGAAUCUCACCCAAGAUGGGCGGCUGUCUCCCUGGAACACAACAGCCACUCCGGUUCUCAUAUCCACUAUCACCACUGCGGAUGUUAUUAAUGAUACUGUUAUAGCAUCCGCGUCACUAGCCGAAGGCCCGGUUGAAGGCCUAGACCGGCUCUACUCCCUCUCCUACCUCUGGUACAGUUGUCUCGCCAUGCUUAUCGUCUGUGUCGUCGGCAUCAUCGUCAGUCUCAUAACAGGCCGCCAGGACCCGCGGAAACUUGACGCCCGGUUGGUAUGUCCCAUCUUCGACGUUAUGUUCCCUUUCCUACCAGAGAGAUGGCGCAAACCGCUCAGAUUUGGCAUCGUGCACGAAGGGAAAUACGCGGCUGACGAGGCCGAGGCGGAGGUGCGCCGGGAGUCCAUCCUGACUCUUCAGGAGGAAGACGGCUCGAUCAAGCUGCCCUCGCCGGAAAUCGAGGUGCUCUUAAGUGGAAACAAAGUUCAUAUUACCGAAAAACGAUAGCCACACGAAGAGCGUAACGUUUGACCAUCAUUUAAAAGACGUAUCCGUCCAACAUGUGUCCAGAAUGUUGACAGUGUACUCAUGUCUUUGACUUAGAACUGGCGAUAUGGGCUUGUAAGCAUAUGAAUGGUUUAAGUUGUACCUUUGAAGAUGUGCAGCAUACCUGUAUUUGUUCGAAUUUAAAAGAUUUUGAAAUAUAUUUACAAAUAUGAUAAAUAGAUACUAAUCAUUAUGAUAAUUUUCAGAAUGUGUCAACAUUGUAGCAAGAAGUUGUCAACAUUAAAAUGCUUGUGUUUAUGUUUUACAGGUUAUGUCAACAUAGUUUUGAACGAAGUUAUCUUUUUGUUUAUCGGGCCGAAGAUUAAUAAAAGAAGUUCAAGAGGCCUGAUGCCACCUGUAAAUGUGCUUUAUUCGUGAAAAUAUUAUUUUAUAUAUAUGUACUGACCUUAGCCGGGUGGAUGGUUUUUAGGUUCAGCCAUAACAUUUCAAGUCAUUUAGUUUGUCCUUUUUUGAUCGAUUUUGGGCAUUCUAGAAAUAAUAUACCGUUAAGUACAUCAUUCACCGACUAAGAAUACUGUGUUUAUCGACUAAGAAUACUGUGUUUAAAUAUUAAAAUUAAGGCGCUGAAAGCGCUGAAAGGCUGUAGUCGCCACAAGCCUGAUUUUGCUUUUUAACAAUUCUGUUCACAGGGAAUUAAAAUCUAAUAUAAAACACCGACUAAGAAUACUGUGUUUAUAGAUUAAAAUUAAGGCACUGAAAGGCUGUAGUCGCCACAAGCCUGAUUUUGCUUUUUAACAAUUCUGUUUACAAGGAAUAAAAAUCUAAUCUUAAACAUAUUUUGAGUGGCCCCGAACUAAGCCCAAUUUAUUACCUGUCAUUACCUUAGAAUAGGUAUCAUAAAUUGAUUAUAUUUA